GUGAACUUGUAGUGUCAAAUUUGAGUCGUAGCUAUUUAAAAUGUGGUGUUCAGGUCGUGGGGUAAACUUGAGUUUGUGACAGAUCAGCAUUGAACUAGCCAGUAUAGUGAGUUUGGGAUGUGUGUGUUUGUUUGUUCAUUUGUAUUUAAAGAACAGUCGAGCAGGAAAAAUCGAAACACGAGUUUUUCCAUUACCUGGAAGAAUUGUGAUAAGUUAAGGCAGUUUACCAAGUUUGUGGUAUUUAUUUUUUUAUUAUUAUUUUUUUGUUUAAUAUGCACAAUAACAAAGUAGUCCAAUAAAACAACCAACCAAAAUAAUUGUCAGUGCUUUUGAGUGGAAAGAGAUUUAUCUUGGCUACAACCAGUGUUGAUGACAGGCUGUGCUAUAUGACGUGCAUCAGGGUUUUUGCGGUCUAAAAAAACAAACACAAACUUUGUAUUUAAGCUGCUGUUGACCUAGCUGUGGGUUGCGUAUCCAUUUUUAAAAGCUCCUUUUUUCUUUGUUUUUUUAUUUUUAUUUAAGGAGUGUUCAGUCAGAUUGCUGGCCUGUUGUGUUGGUGUGUUUGCCAGUGUGACGUCAUGUAUCUUUUGUGAGGCAGCCCUAACCCCUCCCGCCCACGAUUGACAGUGACCUGGCAAUGACUGACUUGAUUGGAAAUAUAAAAACACAAACUGACAAGAAUAGGUGUAUCCUUCAACAGCUAGUGAGCUUUCCAAUGCAAGAGCCAUCCAACCAAUCAAUCAACCAACCAACCCAGUUUACAAACAAGCAUCUAGUUGGAACAGUCUUUGGGAAGCUGAGGAUUCAAACUACUUCAAAUGCAAGUUGGAGUUUCUUUUUUUGAGCAAGCAGAAGACUGCUUCCGUUGGGGCUGAUCUUAGGAGGAGGAAGAGCGGGCAGGAGGAUUGGGAGGAUCGUCACUCUAGAGACAGGGAGCGGAGUGCCUUGUGGAAAUGUGAAUAUAAUGAGUUCCUGCAGAGCUGCCCUCUACAGGGAACCCUGGACACCUGCAGCAUCCUGCACCUUCCACCCUGCGCGCCGGUCUACCACUAUGCAUCUUAAGCCAUAUCCCAAAUUUCAAAAGAAGGACUUGCCAUUGGAGACAAGCCCGGACAGCCUCCGUGGCCUUCACCUAAGCCAGCAGGGGGCGCUGCGGACUGAGCGAUGCUCUAACGCCUGUGUCACGCGGCAGCCCUGCUCACCAGGGGGCUUGCAUGGCAACAGCACGGCCAAGCGACGCCUCUUCGGGGUGCUGUCCACCAACACCAUGUGCAAUAGCACCAGCAGCGCUGGCCACAAACCCAGCGGAGAGUCCCUGUGCGCCCGGGCCAGGAAAAGCAGGACGGCCUCUCUGAACUCCAUCACAGGGUCCCUGCUGCUGCUGUCCACCUCCUCCGAGAACGACGAUUCCUUCAACAUCCACCGGGGAGACGAGGCGGAGGGGCCUCUGGACAUCUGGGCAGUCAUCAAGCCUGGGAACACCAAGGAGAAAAUCGCCAUCUUUGCUGCCAGCAGCAACAACAGCAGCAGUGCCGGCAGUGGAAACAGAAAUCUUAGCAGCAGCAUUAGCGUCAGCAUUAGCAACGGCAGUAACAGCAGCAGCCCCAGCAACCGGACAGUAUCAAUGAAAAUCAAGGGCAGCUGGGAGGUCGAGGGCUCAGUAGCCAAGCGCAGGAAACGAUCUGCGGACCCUGACACACUCAAGACCCCAGAGCAGAAGCCACUGCCGCUGCCCAACAGGACGAGGGAUUGUGGGGUAAGGGAGGUGGGGGAACAGUCGGACAGCGUGGUGAUUGAGGGGGAGGGAGGAGAGGAAGAAACGGAGGAGGAAGAGGAUGGGGAUGGGGAGGGAGGGAAAGCCCUGUCUGUGGUGGAGAUGGUGGCGUAUUUAGAGCAGAGGGCCAGCGAUCUGCUCACCGACUGCUCCAAACACUGCCCUGUGCGCGGCUCGAGUUGCGUUGGGCAAUCGAAGGGGGGGACAGCAGUGGAGCAGCAGUCUGUUUCGGAGAGCCAGGGGGACUGCGUCAGGGUGCUAGAGAUGGUGGCCAAGCUGGAGUCGGAGUGCCUCAAGAGGCAGUGCGAGCGGGAGGCCAGCACGGGGCUGUCCCGCAACAACAGCCUGCGCAGGAACGUGGGGAGAGUGCUGCUAGCAACAGGGCAGGUUCCCCUGCUCUCCACGCAGCAGCAGCAGCCAGAGUCUGAGCCCCAGCAUCCUCCUCACCUUCAGCAGGGUCAGAACUGUUUGUUGGAGGAGGAGUCUCCUGACAAAUCCAGCAGGAGGAGCCCCAAGAAAAAUGGGGAUAACUGUGAAACGCCGGCUUCAGAAACUGCCAGUUCGGUCUUCAGGGAAAGGGAGGGGAGCUAUUGCUGCGUAGAUUUAACAGAGCCUCUGCACUUGCAUUGCAGGCCUAAGGGCUGCUCUAAAGAGGAUAGGGAGCAGCAGGGGGAGAGGAGGAUGAGGGGUAAAGAGGGUAGCGCUGGUGAGUCCUCCUGUGUAAUGGAGGGGGACUCGGGUGCGAGAGCCGGGCUGCAGCAGGAGAGGCGAGAGGAGUACGAGCCCCACGUCAGCCAUCGUGAGGAGCAGAUUCCCGGGAUGCUGUUUUUCAGACAGCCUCCGUCCUUGACUGUGCAGGCCCAGCUCUCGCAGCCACCAGCAGCUGCAGCAGCAGUAAAGAAAGAUGAGGAGGAGGAAGCAGGAAAAGAAGUUAGUAGAGAAUCUGAGCUUUCCAUAGACUCCGCUCCACUAAGAGACUUCACCCCACAAAGAGACUCCACCCCAACAGAACUGCCCCGACCCCUGUCUGGGGAGGAGGGAGAGACGGACAGUGAGGGCCCGUCCCAGCAGCGAGAGACAUUGCCUGUGCGCAGGCUGGUCUCCCACGAGUUCCUGGAGAUGCGCUUCAAGAUCCAGCAGCUGCUGGAGCCCCAGCAGUACAUGGCCUUUCUGCCACAUCACAUCAUAGUGCAGAUCUUCCGCUUCUUACCCACGGAGACGCUGGCCGCGCUCAAGUGCACCUGCCAUUAUUUCCAGUUCAUCAUCGAGAGCUACAACGUGCGGCCUGCCGACUCCCGCUGGGUAUGCGACCCCCGCUACAGGGACGACCCCUGCAAGCAGUGCAAGAAGCGCUACGGACGCGGGGAUGUGUCGCUCUGCCGCUGGCACCCCAAGCCGUACUGCCAGGCGCUGCCGUAUGGCCCUGGCUACUGGAUGUGCUGCCACAGCUCCCAGAAGGACGCGGCGGGCUGCAGCGUUGGGCUGCAUGACAACCGCUGGGUCCCCGCCUUCCACAGCUUGAACAUGCCAAUAUACAAGAGAGUGCGGGGGGCUGAGGAGGACACUUCAUAGGGGUGCUGUGGGUGGGAAUAGCAGGGGGAGGGAUGCUGUUGUGGUGUGUUUGUUGUUUUUGUCUGUGUGUGUGUGAUUCAGGCCAGAUUGUUUUUACACACUUAACAAGGUAUCACUGAAUCGUUUCUGAUCAAUCUUGGGAAGAUCUGAACGUGUUUAUUUAAUAUUACAACGCAGUUAUUGCAUAAUUAACACGAUCGCUGCUUGCUGCUACCAUAAAAUAAUGCCUCUGGCAUGCUUUAAUAAUGACUUCAGAGGGUAGUGGCAGGAUAGGGCUGGGGUGAAGCUGGGACUCUAAUGUACCUAGUGUCAGCAUAACAGACACUGAGCAAACUCACACUGAGCAGCCACUGCGUCGAAGAUGCCAGGUGAGUGGUCUGUAUCUCCUUGUUUCAGACGCAAAGUGCUGCACCUCUCUGUUUCACACACUGUUCAGUUUGGAGAUAUGGAAAUUGAAGUUUCAGCAUUUUGAUCUACAAGCAAAGUUAUAUGCUGUAAAAAAUAUAUUUUAGUGGCUUGGCAGUCUGGCACAAAAUGUGAGAGAGAUUUAUAUGAUAUAUUCCUAGCGUAUAGAGAAUACGUUGUCUGUUAAAGUACGUUUUUGUUUUUAAUUUGGUCUGCACCAGUGAUGACAUUGACAGUUUGGAGUUGUUUUCUUGCUGUAAUUCUGAGUGAAUGGAGCCUGUCUCCUGCGCUGUUUACAAUGUAUAUAAUAGUGAGUCCUAUCAAUUCAUACAGGGUGAGGGGCUAUGCGUGUACAGUACUUGAGAGCGUCUGCAACCCUCUGUGGAUCAAACACAGGAUUCUACCCCUGCCUUGUACAUAUUUAAAGAAAGAAUCCAGGUUGUACGUGCGUGCGUGUGUGUUUGUAUAUAUAUAAAUAUAUGUAUAUAUAAAGUAUAGAACUGGCACAGCCACUUAACCACUACAGUGCAGCUAUGCAAGCAUUGCAGAUAUUAAUGUUUAUUUUUGCUUCUGUUUUUUCUUGUUUUAUGUUAUUCUCCUAUCUAUUAUAAUCUUUUGAUUCUGAAAAGACACCUAAAUAAU